CUUCAGCGAGACUAUAAGAGAGCAGCAGAGACAGACAGCCUCAUUCCACAGACAGACAGAGAGAGAGAGAGAGACACGCACACGCCGCUCACGCACCACAAACACAGGCAGAUGACAUCAGUUACGUGAGAGACUGCAGAGACACACACCAUGACGAGUGAUAAACGAAGGAGAGAAAUGUUCCAGAUCCAGCAGCGUAAUCCCAAAUUCAAGCAGAGACAGACGCGCACCUUCAAGAGCAAAGCCCCCAAACCCGGACAGAAAGGAUUCGGCGAUGAUAUUCCUGGUAUGGAGGGUCUCGGCACAGAUAUCACUGUCGUGUGCCCAUGGGAGGCAUUCGGAGACAUGGAGCUCAGCGAUCUGGCCAAAUACGGCAUUAUCUAAACCCCGCCUCCUCAACAUCACCGCCUUCAGCCCCGCCCCUCUCAUCCAGUGGCCCCACCCCUUUUGCUCAAUGUUGUCGUGUGGUUAUGAUGUUGUGUGAUGAUAAAGGGCUGAUUCAACACAUGGACACUGUCAUUAUUGAUAUGAUUGUUAUUGUUAUUAUUAUAUAAUAUUUUAUAUUUUGUAUAUGUUGCGAUAAGAUGACAACUUAUCCCCUCCCACACCCCAGCUGUCAAUCAACAUCCUGAAAAAUAGUCAUCAGGGUUAAGACACGCCCCUAGCUGCGACUCCGCCCUUAACUCUAAUAUAUUACAGACGGCGUGUUUCCUGGUGACAUCACUUCCUCUGUCUCGUAGAGCCUGUCCCAUAAACACACUUAUUUUAUUAAAUGUGCCAUGUGUGAUUACCGGAGUAGAAAUCCAAUUAAACUUUCUAUUUUCAGUAA